CAGCGGCGCAUCCGGCGGGGAAUGGGAUGACGGGACCUUCCUGUUCCCGGCCCGCGCUCGCCUCACGCCCGGGGGACGCCCCCGCCACGACCCCCCCUCCCCCCCGGAGCCACCCCCGGAACCCUCCGGAACGCCCCCGGCCCCUCCCGCGCCGCGGAGCCGCCGAGAUUUUAGGGGCUGAGUCCGGAGCAGCUGCAAGACCCCCCUGCCCGAGACCCUCAGAGAGCAGGAGGCCCUAUGGAGCAGGACGAGCCGGACGUGGUGGAGCUGCAGGACUCAGACGAGGGGGACGUGGUCCGGAGGGUCUUCAUUGCCGAUGAUGGCAUCGUGAGUGACGGCGAGGCCGAGGUGCUGCCACACGAGAUCAUCCGCACAGUGAUCCCGCACAGCCCCCUGCGUGCCCCACCGCCCCGCGGGACCCCCGGCCCGGCCCCGGGGGGCUCCGAGGAGGGCGGGGGGCGGCGGGGCGGGGGCCGCCAGCGCCCCUUCAUCUGCAACGAGUGCGGCAAGAGCUUCAGCCACUGGUCCAAGCUGCUGCGGCACCAGCGCACGCACACGGGCGAGCGGCCCAGCACCUGUGGCGAGUGCGGCAAGAGUUUCUCGCAGAACUCGCACCUGGUGCAGCACCGCCGCACCCACACCGGAGAGAAGCCGUACAGGUGCGGCCACUGCGGCAAGAGCUUCUCAUGGAGCUCCAACCUCAUCCAGCACCAGCGCAUUCACACCGGGGAGCGCCCGUAUGGCUGCGCCGAGUGCGGCAAGAGCUUCACGCAGAGCAAGAACCUCAUCAAGCACCAGCGCACCCACGCCGGGUCCGGGGCAGCGCGGCCGCGGCGCUGCGCCCACCCCGCCGGUGCCCCAAGAGCUCUGAAGGGGCCUCGGCCGGGGGGCGAGGGCGAGGGGCCCGCAGGGGCCGAGGGCGGCUGCGGGCAGGAGCCGCUGAUCUGCGUGGAGUGUGGGGAGAGCUUCGCCCGGAGCGCCGCCCUCAGGAGGCACCGCCGGGGGCACCGCCCGCUCUUCGUGCCCUGAGGGGACAAUGCGGGGACAGUGCCCGCUCUUUGUGCCCUGAGGGAACAUGGGGACACUGUGGAGGGGGCACAGGGACAGUGGGGCACUGUCCUUGCACUUCUGGGGGCACCACCCGCUCUUCGUGCCCUGAGGGAACAUGGGGACACUGCGGAGGGGGCACAGGGACAGUGGGGCACUGUCCUUGCACUGCUGGGGGCACCGCCCACUCUUUGUGCCCUGAGGGGCACUGGGACGGUGGCACCGGGACAUGGGGACACACGGAUAGUUGGGGCAUCAUCUGCUUUUCAUGCCCUGAGGGGACACCGUAGUGGGGACACGGUGGUGGGGACUGUUGGAUAAUGGUCUGGCAGUGCCUGCUGUCGGAGACCUGUGGGGACACACAGACAGUGGGCCACCCUGGUGGGGGACACAGAGACUGUGCUACAGACAGGAGACAUGGUGCCACCAUGUGAGGAGACACAGGGAGUGUUCCAUGGGCAGGACGUGGUGACAGAGCUGGGGUCACACGAGUUAUGCCACAGGUAAGGGAAUGUGACACCAAGCUGGGAGACUGUGGGGGGGGCACCUGGACUGGGACAAGGACAGGACACAGUGACUCCAAGGUGGAGGACACACAGACAGGACAGAGCUGAUGUCCCCAAGCCUACCCCGCGCUCUGUGUCACCCUCGGUGCCCCUCGCUGUUCCGUGUCGGUACCACAUCCCAGAGCUGUAAAUAGGGCAAAGGACACGGGGAAGGAGGUGGGGGGGUAGGGGGGUGGGGAAGGUGACACCGGGACCCCCCUGUGGGGUGUGGAGAGGGCAUGGACAGGGCUGGGCUGUGAAUAAAGUUGUGUUUUGGGGGACCUGGGUGUUGGUUUUAGGGGGUGACCAAAAUGGGGGGGGGAAGUGGUGGGGGGAGAACCCUGGGAGAGAGAGUUGAAAUCCCUGAGGGAGGGAGGGCAAAAAGCCCCCGGGAGGGAAGUUUGAGGGCCUCAGAGGUUUGGAGAGUCUCAGGUCAGUCUCUGCAAAGCCUAAGAGGACAGGAGAAGUGACAGAGCGAAUUUGGGGGUCAAAAAAGGGGUCUCAAAACUUGGAAGGGAUUGCAGGGAGGUCCCAAAUUGGAAGGGUGUUGGGGGGACCCCAAAACCGAGAAGGGUGUUGGAGGGGCUGUUUCAGAAGGUGGCCGCCCACUCCGGGCAUAUAUUUUUCUUUGAUUUCUUUUGCUUUUUUGAGAAUGACUUUUCUGUGGUCAUCAAUUUUCAACAAUCUGAUAUAUUAAACUUUCCACAAACACCCCCUUCUCUGGCCAAUAAAUAGUCUAAAGCCAACUUAUUCUGAUACCCUACAGUUUUUGGUUGGCUUAGCUGACUUGAUAUUAAGUCUAAUGCCUGGGUGGCUCCAUUUGCUAUCAUUUCUAUAACUGCCUGGAGUCUUGUAAUAUGACUCAAUAGAUAAUUUGGGGUCAAUACAGAGUUAAAUUGCUGUGCUGGUUUUACCUUUUUGUUUAUUAUUUGUUUUUUUACCAAAUCUUGAACCCUAUCUUCAAGAUUAAAUUUAAACCAAAUCCAUCUCUCUCCCUUUUGACAUUCAAUUCCAAAUCUAUUACCACUUUUUCCUAAGUUUCUUGUAAUCCAAUAAUUUACUCCGUUUUGCCUACAGGUUCUUAAUUUGGAUGGGUUAUAACAGUGACAUAGGUGGGUGUAAUAAAGGAGGAAUUUUGGUUUCUUUCCAUGUGAUGCUUUCUGUAGCAUUUGUGACUUGCUGGUAUCCCUAAGGGGAAAAGACAACAAAUGAGUGCCAAAACCAGGAAUAACAGAGGUCCAGUAUGGCUUAUACUCCCACCUCCCAUGCCUGUGAGGUUGCAACCCACAGCAGGUGUAUUUGAUCUUCUCGGUGGCGAAAUACAGAGGCCAAUCUGGUCUUGCUCUCUAUUUCCUUGUCACUUUCUCUUAACUAAUUUCCAGGCAAAUUGGUUUUGACACUCUUAACUGUGGUCUCUUACUGUUCCUCAGGUAUCUCUCAUUCAACAGGCACUAAUAAUUCCCAUCCACAAAGCUAAGUUAUUACUUUACCACUUUUUGCAAUAAGAGCAUGAAUUUUGUGAACUACAAUACUAAUUAUUCUCACAAUUCAAGCAUUUACUUAUGACCCAGCUAGCAUGUCCAGUAUUGGAAUGAAUCAAAUAAAGUUUACUGAUGGAAAUGGUAAUUCCCCUUUUCCCCUGUGCAAUUCUCAGGCUAAGGUCAGAAUACAAAAACAGUCUUGAUCUUUUUGUCUGAAGUAUUCCUCCCUGAAGGAGAUGUUUUAUUCAGGCAGUGCUUGAAACCAGUGAUCUAAGCGUUAUCUUAUUUCUUAAUUCAGUGUUAUUCUUUGUACAUUUCUUGGAUCAUUUGGCUUUUUCCAAACUAUUACCACUCAGUCCUCAUUGGAAAGUCAGUUUGGUAUUGCCCGGUUUCAAUGUGAUAGUCCAUUCCUCAGGUUUCUUCACAAGUCCUUUGAUUCUGCUGGCAUGAAUUCACCCUCUUUCUGUGAUUCUGAUUGUUGCUUCGGCAGUACCUGGAAAGGACUUCUUAAUAGCAUAGUAAUAAAAGAAAGAUAA